AUGGUGUCGAGUAGUCUCGUCCGUCCUCUUCAGCUGGCCAAUAGGGCUAUGCAGUGGAUUUCCGCUGUCAUUGUCAUGUCCAUCACUUCAUACUUUAUCAACAGGAACCCUCAUGGCGAGCAUAUUAUCUACCAGGAAGUCAUUUCGACCAUGUCUGUUGCCUUCUUCCUCCUUGGUUUCAUCUCGCCGUUCCUGCCUAAGGUUCUCAGCAAGAUCGUUUUGGGACUUGAUAUCAUCUUCUCCUACCUAUGGUUGACUGCAUUCAUCUUCGCUGCCCAAGACUACAACUGGCAUAACUGCUAUGCCAAUGCUCCCCCGAACAUUGGCUGCGGCAGGAAGAAGGCCAACGAAGCUUUCAUCUUCCUUGCCUUCUUCUUCACACUCACCGCAAUCUUCCUUGAGAUUGCCGGCCUCUGGGCUGACAGGGACAGCGUCCCUACCCGUGAGAAGGGCAACGGCCACGAAGGUGCAGCUACCGCUUAA